AUGAUGCUUGAUUUCUGUUCACCUUUGUGGUCAAUACUUAAGGAACAAUUCCCAGUUCCAGUGAUAUUCACAUGAAGGUCUCUGGUGUGUGCAUAUCCUUUGUACUUUCUUUUCUUGCUGAAGGAAUAUGGCAACAAAUGGCUCAACGUUCAACACAACCACAGAUGAUUACUACGAUUACUACGAUUACAAUUAUCAAGAGGAAAUGUGCAACACAAAAGGUGUCAACCAGUUUGGAGCGGUCUUCACUCCAGUUUUCUUCUCCAUUGUGAUCAUCCUCAGUCUGUUGGGCAACAUCCUGGUCAUUGUGAUUCUGGCCAAGUAUGAGAAUCUCAAAUCCCUCACCAACGCUUUCAUCCUGAACCUGGCUGUAUCGGAUCUCUUCUUCACCACAGGUCUGCCCUUUUGGGCCUACUCUCACAUGUAUGGAUGGACUUUAAGGGAACAUGCAUGCAAAAUAGUCAACUUUGUCUUCUACAUUGGCUACUACAGCAGCGGUAUCCUCCUUAUCCUGAUGACUGCUCAUCGUUAUGUAGCUGUCAUGAAUCCUCUAUCUAACAUUGUGUCCACCACAGGCUCCUACAGUGUUGUAGCAUGUGUGAUCAUUUGGGCAGUGAGUAUAUUGGUCGCCAGUCCAGCCUUCAUCUUCACCAAAGUUGAGCAGAAUCACUGUGUAAAUGCAAAUUCUUACUGGAGCUUAUGGGGAAUCUACCAGCAAAAUAUUCUCUUCAUAGUGAGUUCAGUGGUGUUCAUGUUUUGCUAUUCUCAGAUCAUGUGCAGGUUGCUGCGUCCAACUGCCCAAAGAAGAAAGAACAAAACUUUAAAACUCAUUUUCACUCUCAUGGUUGUUUUCUUCGUGGGCUGGGCGCCUUACAAUAUAGUGCUAUUUCAAAAGUCAUUGUAUUUAUGGCCCCAACCACCUGCUGACUCAGAGACUGUGGCUGAAAUGUGUAAAACAUCAGAACGACUGGAUUACGCCUUUUACAUUAGCCAACUUUUUGCCUUUUCACACUGCUGCCUCAACCCUGUAUUUUAUGUGUUUGUGGGGGUUAAAUUCAAAAACCACUUGAAGAAAAUGCUGAAGGGCUGGGGCCACAGCAAUAGCAGCAUCCGCAAUAGGCAAAGCCGACUCACAAUCACAUCGCUAACAAGUGGUGAAGAGUUCUCAAUGUAGUUGAUAAACUGUAGAGACCAGAAGUGAAACCAGAACCUCCAGGUUCUGUACCAGAAUAAAGAAAACCUAAUUCAAAAUCCCAUUGCCUUUUCAGGCAAAUAAAAACAGGAACAGUAGACUAUGCUGGGUGUGUUCCAUUCUAUAGCCCUAGAUAAGGAUUUUAAUCACAUUUUUAUGUAAUUGUAUAUUAAAUAUUUCUGCUUUUAACUGCCUUUAAUGAACACCUUUCCCAACGAAUCCUACCAUCCAACCCAGUGAGAAUGGGUUGUUACCAUCAGGGCUUAUGCUACAUUCAUGGAAGAAACAGAAAAAAAAUCUCCCAAAUAUUCCAACUUGGGAGUGUUCAC